AGCCCGUCAAUAUUGGAAGUUGCAGAACGUUACACUUUUUUUGGACAUCGAAUCGAAGGCGGCAUAUUGCAGAAGUGGACUCUUCGGAGUUCUUUACGAGGACAUGAUCACCCUCAAGGACUUCUCCCACCGUCUCGGGCCGCUUCUCCUCCGGAACGCUCAACCCGGCCAACGCUUAGGGAUGGCGGUCUCUGGCGGCGUUGACUCUAUGGCUCUGACUUACCUCACUCACCUCUGGGUGAAAGAACAGAACAUCCCCUCGAACUAUGUCACGGCGAUAACAAUCGACCACGACUCGCGACCGGAAUCAGCUGCUGAAGCUGCUAAGGUCGGCGAAUGGUGUGCUCAGUUCGGAUUUCAGCACCACAUUAUCAAGCUCGACUGGUCUAAAGCCAAAGAUGUGGCACCUACAAGAUUCGAACUGCAUGCACGACAGUUGCGUUAUGAGGCGUUGUCCCGGGCUUGCAUCGAUAAAGGCGUGACAAAGCUCCUAUUCGCACAUCACUCAGACGAUCAAGCUGAGACUCUUCUCCAUCGGCUUGCAAUGGGUUCGUCGUUUAUGGGUCUAUCAGGAAUGCCAGCAGUGGCUCCUAUUCCGUGUUCCCAUAAUAUCUACGGAGCGCAGCAUAUUGAAAUCUUACGGCCGCUACUUGGGUUCAGGAAAAGUGACCUGAAAGCGACGUGCAAGGCUGCCAAUGUCCCCUGGGCGGAAGACCCAACUAACAACGAUGCCACACUCACGAUUCGCAACACAAUACGAAAGCUAUUUGCUGAACGGGCUCAUGAGCUCCCGGAAGUGCUACAACCACAAAAUCUCGUUAAACUGUCGCAACGUCUGAGAGCUGAUGAGGACCGAGCGGAAAUAUACCUCAAAGAUCAACUCGAACUUUCGCGCCUAUGUUUUUUUCCGCAAUCCGGAGCAAUGUAUGUCACUGUUCCGCCUCAUAUCAUGCAACAAACAGAGGAUAUCAGGUUUCGCUUCGCCGCCAUCAUCGCCCAAAAGUUAACUCCAUCAGUUGGGAUGAUCAGGAAGGGGCGCCUGAAAGAGACCGUCGACCGCCUGUUCACUGCUAAGGACGAUAGGGUUUCGUUCAGGAAUCUUUUAUUUGACGUUAAAUCUACCCAGCUUCUUGGGCAACAAAUACUAUGGUUCGUCAGACGGGCACCUUUGGACAAAGAGAGCAUGAAGAAACUCGUUCCCCUACCCACGGACGGCACUUGGGAACUCUGGGAUGGACGUUGGUUCAUUCGUUUAUCCUUAGAAAAGGGAAAAACCUUACGAAACCGUAUUUGCGUGCGCUGUCUCUCCCCGAGGGACCUUCGAGCCGUUCGACUACUGAUGUCGCCCAAUGACUGGGCAAAAUGGAAUCGCUCAACUGAUCAUGCCAUGUCCGGCGAUACCCAAUUCCAGAUUCCUCUCGCCGUCGAAGUUUGUGACAAAGAGGACGGAACUCAAGAAGAGGUAAGACCCGUAGCGUUACCUUCCCUCAAUAUCCAGCUUCAACAGAAAGAGGGAAUAUUCGUGGAGUCGAGGUUCCGUGCUAAAUCAGGACAAUACGCAAACAAACCGAUACAAUUAGGAGACCCGUACAAUCUGUUCACGCGGGGUUCAAGUAUACGUAGGAAGGAGGAAAUUGUCGCUGGGUCCAGGCGCGUUAACCAGCUUCGCUCGAAUGACACAUUCUAUGGCCACUGAAGUGAUAGAUAGGAGAUAAUCAAAUUAACUGUUGUCCAUCGCCUCAUACCUAUCAUUCGUAUCGUAGCACAUGUCAUCCAAAAAGUAGCCCAAUAAAGAAAGAAUAAACGCCCGCUAUGCC